GGCUCCCAUACCUACAGCUGCAACCACAACCUGUCAGUGGGCAUGAGCCCCACCAUGUCCAAAAUACUAAAAUGCGCUGGCAACGAAGCCAUCACUACCCCAAGAGCUGAAGCUAAUGUGGACAGCUUGGCACUAGAAUUUGAAGUUCCAAAUCAAGAAACAGUUUCAGACUAUGAAAUGAAGUUAAUGGGUUUGGAUGUUGAACAACUUGGGAUUCCAGAGCAAGUGUAUGGCUGUGUAGUAAAGAUGCCUCCCGGUGAAUUUGUGCAUAUAUGCAGAGAUCUCAGUCGUUUCGAAGAUGCUGUUGUAAUUUCCUAUGCAAAAGACAGAGUGAAAUUUUCUGCAAGUGGGGAACUUGGAAAUGGAAAUAUUAAGUUGUCACAAACAAGUAAUGUCAAUAAAGAAGGCGCUGUUACCAUAGAAAGGAAUGAGCCUGUUCAGCUAAUUUUUCACCGAGGUUAUCUCAACUUCUUUACAAACCUACUCCACUCUCCCCCACAGUAA